ACGUCAGAAAUAGUGAACCUUGCUGCGCGACGCCCGACGAUCUGACAAAGACCAUUAAAGCCCAAUUAGCACCUCUGUCGGCAAAUCUCGAACGUUAAUAUGCAGUAAGCAGCUCCUGCCAGCGUGAAGCCCGCGAAGAGAUGCUGACAUCAACGCAAGCGUUAUGCGCCGCACCGUCGGUCCGGCGCAAACGGGACGUGCUGUGCCCUAAGGCCCCAAAUUCCACCAGCGCUCAACGAGCGCCCGGGGCACUCGCUCGCGGGCGGCUGGCCAGAGCCUCCGCCACCCGCCGGACCCCACCGCCCCCGCCCCCCCUGCCCGGGCCCCCGCUCCCCCUGCCCGAGGGGCUCCACCCAAGCGCCCUGGUUGACGCGCUGUGUGCGGCCUGCUGCGUCGCGCUACUCGCCACCUCGGCAGCGCGGCGACGCGCAGCCAACCAGCACGAACAGCAGCAGCAGCAGCAGCAGGUGCAGCAAGGGCAGCAGCGGCGCGACAGCGGCAGGGCCGCAGUGGUGGCGGCGCCGGCUCCGCCGCCGCUGCCAGCGACGUCGCUGUUUGACACGCCCGGUCUGGCUGGGGAGGCGGUGGUGGCGUGUGUGCUGAUGUCGGCUGUCAGCAACUUGUUGUUCAAGACGUCACGCCCGGCUGGCGGCGCCUCACUCGGCAGCGCGCGCAGCGCCGGCAGUGCCAGUGGCGGCGGCGGCGGUGGCGGUGCGGCGGUGGCGGCGGAGGCGGCGGCGCGUCUGGCCCGACUGGAGGCUGUGACCGACAAGCAAAUGGCGGAGUUCAGCGCGGCGCUGCGGCAGAUCGACAAGCUGCAGGUCCGCACCCGGCUGGUGGGGGGCGACCUGCGGCGGCCCAUUGGCUCGCUGCAGGCUGCCAGUGCGGAGCAGGCGGCGGUGCUGACGCGGCUGGCGGCUGAGCAGGAGGCGCUGAGGGGGCAGCUGCGGGACACACAGGCUCUGCUGGCGGCGCUGCAGGGUCUGGCAGCCAAGCAGUUCGCGGUCACGGUGGACGCCAUCAAGCAGCUGCGGACCCAACUGGCCGCCACCAACCCCACCACCGCCACCAGCCCCACCACCGCCACCACCGCCGCCACAGCCACAGCCAGCAGGGCGGCAGCACAGGCGGGCAAGCCCGCCGCGCCCAAGCCCGCCCGGAGCCAUGCCGCCGCCACCCCUGCCGCGGCUGCCGGGUCGGGCCCGGCACCCCACCACCCCGCAGACCCGUGGGCCCGGGCACCGCCGGGUGCGACCACAGCCGCGGCUACGGCGGCGGCUGCGGGUGCGGCUGGGGGGUUUGCUGCCACUGGCGCGGGUGCGGGUGCGGCUACGGGUGCGGGUGCUGCAGGCGCAGGCGCAGGCGCAGGCGCCCCGAGUCUUGCUACCGUGGGUUCGGCCGCACGUGUGGCUCCGCACGUGGCGCCAUCCCGCCUGUCGGUCUCCGUCGCGCCCACGCCCACGCCCAGCCCUACGGGACACAGCGCCGGCCACAGCUCCAGCUCCAGCCGCCGUAGGGAUGGCUCCGGCGUCGGCACCGGCAGCGCCGGCGUCAGGCCUGGCAGCUCUGGUGUUAGCACUGGAGGCACCGUCAGCUUCCGUGCAGCUCCGCCAGGGACUGAUGCCGCUGCUGCAGAGGCCGCGGCCCGCGGCGGCGGCGCCACGGCUAGUGGAGGCGGCGGCUGAGGUGGCGGCGGCGGCGCCAGGCCGGGGGACGCCGGCGGCAGAGGGUGGCGCCGCUGGGGGUGUAGCGCGUGCAUUAGCGGCGCGGUGGCAGUUCGCCGUGGUCGAUGAGGGGCUUGAAGACAUGAUCUGGGCUGAGCAACUCCCGGGAUCUUGCAGUACCUGGGAGUUAGUUCCAGACACGCUCGGCGUGCGUCCUACGCCCCAUGCAUCUUUCCAAUUCGCCUGUGCUUGUGUUUUCUGAUCGUGGGCCUGUUUGUUACAUGCGAGAAUGCGAUGGCGAUCGGGCAUAGGCGUCGGGGAUGGGCAUGGUUGGUGGUACGGUGUUGCGGUAGCUGGCAAGUCGGUUGGCUAGCCGCGAUUUCGGAGGUGAUGCGUGUCGCAGCCAGCCGAGACCACAUAAUGCCAUCAUGCGGGAGAUAAUGCAUAUGCGCAUCCCAUAUGGGGGCAGUCUCGCGC